AUGUAUGGCAACCUGCACCCCUCACAGCAUGAUCAGACCCCUGUAGAUGAAGCGAAACUGGAUGACGUCGCCUCCCCUUGGAAGUGGGAGAAACCUCCAACCAGGCCUCCUCUCUCGGCCCGUACAGCCCUCGCUACCUGCGUCGAGUCGAGACAGGUCGCAGAGUCACUACUGCCUCACAGACUAUCUUUCCGCUACCUCAACAAGCACUAUCAGGUGAAGCCUUGGCUGCGGCAGGAGGGCUCUUUGAACGCCGAAGUGUAUCUGUACGGCGACUUACGCUUCAACGGAUACCAUGACGUCUUCCUCUUCGAGGCGCCGUGGGAUGAUGCGUGCACCAUCUCCGAGAUAAAACGCCAUCGGGUGCCGUCUGGCAUAAAGGACAUGCGCAAAAUCGCGGUUCCGGCCACAGCACUGACCGAGAGAUCAUGGGGAGUGACGACCGAUGGGUAUUAUGGCUCUUCCUGGAUGAGCUGUGCGUGCGAAGCGGACAACUGUCACGAUAGCUGCCGGCAAGAGCCGCUACCGCGUCUUAUGCGCUGCUUUGCUUCUGCUAAGACUUUGUUCAUUGCGGAUACCAGGAGCGCUGUGGUUGUGAAUGAAAGGGUAGCUCCACAACGUGAAUGGAAAUGUCGGACUUGCGCCGCCGAGUCCGAUGGCGGGGGUCACAAGUGGCCUACAAUACCCAUGGCGGAUGGCACUGGUUUAUAUGUCGUGUGUGAUGAGCGCGAAGGAUGUGCUUCGGUUCGCACACAUGAGGCUCUUGAGAAAGUUAGACGGGGUUGGAGACCGGCGGUUUCCGUACUAUAA